AGCAAAACAUAAGUGGCUUGUUGGUAAAGAAAGGAAGAAAGUGAAGAAAGAACGAACUCAGAGACGAGAGGAGAGAGAAAUUGCAGAAAACAGGAAGAAUGGAUCCGAAGCUAACAGAGAUUGCUCAGACAUUCGAACGUUUCAAAGCUGCUUCGGUUCGCAAUGAUUUCGAUACCUGCACUCGUCUCCUUACUCAGCUCAAGGUGUCGUUGAUAGAAUACCGAAGCCUUCCGCCAAUGUUUGAAGCAACACCAAAUGCUGUUCAUGAAUUGACCUUAGCAAGGGAUAUCUAUGAGCAUGCUGUUGUUCUAAGCGUCAAGAUGGAGGAUCAGGAAGCUUUUGAGAGGGACUUCUGCCAACUGAAACCUUAUUACACUGAUGCCAGGGGUCGUAUACCACAAUCUACACAAGAGUACCCAAUCUUGGGACUGAACCUGUUGAGGCUUCUUGUCCAAAAUAGAAUUGCAGAGUUUCACACUGAAUUGGAGUUGCUUUCAUCUACUGCCUUGGAGAAUCCUUGCAUUAAGCAUGCCGUGGAGCUGGAACAGUCCUUUAUGGAAGGAGCCUACAACCGUGUUUUGAGUGCUAGACAGACUGUGCCGCAUGAAACUUACGUGCACUUCAUGGAUUUGUUGGCCAAAACUGUGAGAGAUGAGAUUGCUGGGUGCAGUGAAAAAGCAUAUGAUACACUUUCAGUAAAUGAUGCGCGACAACUGUUGCUGUUCUCAUCUGACAAGGAUUUGCUCGAGUAUAUCAAGGAGGAACAUCCCGAGUGGGAAAUCAAAGAUGGAUGUGUUGUUUUCCAGAAGUCAAAAGAUUCUGCAACAUGCAAGGAGAUUCCUUCUCUGUUACUCAUCAACCAAACUCUCAGUUACGCCAGGGAACUUGAGAGGAUUGUGUAGUGAAGUAGCAGUUCCAAACAAUUCCAUUUCCAUUGCAGCAUUUGAUGCAAGAUGGCCAAUGCAUCACCUACUCAUGAUUCACCUAUUUGCUAAAGACGGAGAAAUUGAGCUUGUGAAGGUGCAUACCGCACAUGAUUGCAGGAACGAUUAGAAUUUUGAUUUUAGUGUUACAUUUGAAGAUCGUAUGUCCUGCAAUUACAGUUCAAAUUUGGCUUAUAACCUUUAUUUUCUACUUAUUAAGACCUCUUUGCUCUUUCAAAGUGUUCUAGUAUGAUUAUCUUUCUAUUUUGAUGUUGCCUAUUAUCGCUAAGACUUUAUUGGAAGAUAUGUACCCCGUUAUAAUUUGUUUCAAUAUUUGUUAAAUUGUUAUUUUUGUUCA